AAAAAAAUUUCUCCUAAAAUUGUGAUUUUUUCGCGUUUCCGCCAAUUCUGUGAGAUUACUUAGUGUGUGAGGAAGCUAAAAUCAUGCCACCGAAAAAAGCCCAGCCGACAUCUAGCAAGAAAACGGAGCAGAAGAAGAAGGAGAAAAUUAUUGAGGAUAAGACAUUUGGGCUGAAGAACAAGAAGGGGGCAAAGCAGCAGAAAUUCAUAACGCAGGUGGAGAAGCAGGUAAAGAGUGGUGGACAGCAUCCAGUCGCCGGUGCCAAUGCCAAUGUGAAGAAGCUUGAGAAGGAGCGGAAGCAGCUGGAGCAGAAGGAGCUGGCUAUGCUCUUCAAGCCCGUACAGACGCAAAAGAUUGAGAAAGGAACUGAUCCCAAAUCCGUCGUGUGCGUCUUCUUCAAGCAAGGGCAGUGCACAAAGGGGGACAAAUGCAAAUUCUCCCAUGACCUCACUGUUGAACGGAAAGUGGAGAAGCGUUCCCUCUACGUGGACAUGCGAGAUGACAUGGAGGGUGAGGAAACAAUGGAGAAUUGGAAUGAGGAGAAGCUGAAGGAAGUUGUGGACAAGAAGCAUGGAAAGGAGAAGCGAAUGCCCACAACUGAUAUUAUUUGCAAAUACUUCCUGGAUGCUGUUGAAAAAUACAAAUACGGAUGGUUCUGGGAGUGUCCAAAUGGCGAGAAGUGUAUCUACCGUCAUGCCCUGCCAGCGGGAUACGUCCUUAAGCGCGAUAAGAAGAUUCUGGAUCAGAAGAAACCCGAUAUCUCUCUUGUGGAUCUCAUUGAAUCCGAGAGAGCAGCUCUAGGGCCAAAGCAGACUAAAGUCACCCUGGAGAGUUUCAUAGCGUGGAAGAAGCGAAAAUUGGAGGAGAAAAAGGAGAAAAUCCGCAAAGAGGAGGAAAAGAAGAGGAAUGAAUUUAAAUCCGGAAAGAAUAUUGGGCUGUCCGGAAGGGAAAUGUUUAGCUUCAAUCCCGAUUUGGUUAAUGAUGGUCAAAUGGAGGAUGGUGAUGAGGCCUUUGACAGCUACCAACGCGAGGAGGAGGAGGAGGAAACGGGCAUUGAGUAUCACGAAAUUGACUUCAAUAGCAUAGAAUUGGGUGAAGUGGACGGUACGGGAACUGUGGCGUCUGCUGAUCGCUUCCAUAGGCUCGAGGAGCCAAGUGGGCAGGAUGAGGAGGAGGAGGAGGAGGAUGAAUCAUCGACGGAGGGUGCUGGAGCUGUGGAUGCUGCCCCUAUUAAUGAAAACCUCUUCCUGAGUGAGGAUCUCGAGGGUUUGGAUGAUGAACUAAAUGAGCUGGAUAUUGAUAAAUGAGCCGCAUUUUAUUGAGCAUCGAAAGAAAAGCUAAAAAAAAAAAUAAAGAAGUCACUAACACA